AAAAUGCCCGAAAGACAAACACAAAGGAUUCAGGCCGUCAGCACUGCUGCCGCUGAUGGUCUGGAGGGCUUCAAGGCUCAUGCUGUGUUUCAGGAGAUUGGCAAGAAGCUUCAGGAGGAAGGCGAACAGUUUGUGAAAAAGAUUGGUGGAGUGUUUGCCUUUAAGGUGAAGGACGGCCCCAAGGGACAGGAGGCAACUUGGUACGUGGAUGUGAAGAACGGUAAAGGCUGUGUUCACAACGACACAGAUAAACAAGCAGACUGUACCAUUUCCAUGUCGGACACAGAUUUGUUGGCCGUGAUGACGGGGAAGAUGAACCCACAGAGUGCAUUUUUCCAGGGGAAGUUGAAGAUCUCUGGAAACAUGGGUCUGGCCAUGAAGCUCCAGCAGCUGCAGCUUCAGCCUGGAAAAGCCAAGCUGUAGAUGAACUUCCACAUCAUCAUCAGCACCACUUGUAGGUCUGGUCUCAGGGGUCGUGAACCUCCUCAUUAUCCCUGGACUGAACCACUUCCCCCCCGCUGGUGACGUCACAUCACUGAGUGAACAGAGGAUUAGUCCUUCAGUUUAACACGGAGACAAACAUGGAUGGGUCAUUAAUGGUGUCCUCAUGUCCUGGUCACUGUCAGUCUCCACCACAGCAGAAACAGCUUAGUCAUACUAACUCAACAUCUGGCUAAUUUAAUUUAAUCUCUUUUCUUUUAGAGCAUUAGUAUUAUUAUUAUGGAUGUUUUGAUCAGAGUGGUUUGAUCCACACUUACAGUCUAAAGUGCCUCCUGUUUCUGUUUCUUCACCGUGGCUGUUUUUUCAUGUCUGGAUCGACCGUGUAACUCUUCUCUCAAAUAUUUCUACUAAAUAAAUAAAUGAAUAAAUACAUA